AUGGCGAAGACCGAGAGAAUAGGAUCCAAGAUAAGUACAACCGUGAAAGGAAAAUUGAGUCUGGGAGCGAAAAUCAUACAAGUAGGCGGAGUAAAGAAGAUAUUCAAACAAAAUUUUAAUGCCAGAGAAGGAGAGAAACUAUUGAAGGUUUCUCAGUGUUAUCUGUCCACAACAGCUGGUCCAUUAGCAGGCUUACUCUUUGUAUCCACCGAGAAAGUUGCCUUCUGCAGCGAAAGAACAAUGAAAGUUUUUUCUCCGAAUGGGGAGUGUAUCAGAGUGCAUUACAAGGUUGCAAUCCCUCUCGGAAAGAUCAUGAGAGCUAGCGAAAGUGAAAAUGUGAAGCAACCAUCAAGAAAGUAUAUAGAAAUAGUGACACAUGAUAAUUUCGAGUUCUGGUUUAUGGGGUUCUUGAAUCAUCGGAGGACCAUCACAUACAUUCAGAAAGCAGUUUUUCACGUUCAAUGA